GUCACCAUGGCGUUAUUGAUAUCUUCCUUCCCUGGUCUCUCCAGCGCUGCAACAGGUGUUGCUCUACACCAUCUACUCUUCAGACAAGGAGAGUGGGAUAGUAGUGCACCGACACUCUUGAGCUCAUACGUGGUCAUAUUCGCUGGUUUAAAUGUGUUGAAAUUGGGGGCCCCUGAAUUUCAAAACCUGAAUACAUACUAUGUUUUAGCGUGCCACCUUCUCGGCCUCUUCAGCAGCAUCAUCGUCUAUCGCAUGUUAUUCCACCGUCUACGAAAGUUCCCUGGCCCUGUCCUCGCUGGCAUUACAUCGUGGUACGCAAAUUGCUUGUCGGCCAAGAAACUUCACAAGUUCGAAGAGAUCGGUAGAUUGCAUCGACAAUAUGGUGACUACGUGCGUGUAGGACCGCGUGAAUUGUCAAUUGCGAACCCCCGAGCGCUACCGAUUAUUUACGGACAUGCAUCCCAGACAACAAAGGGCCCAUUCUACGAUGGUGCUAAGCCAUAUAUAUCGGUUCACUCCACAAGGGACAAGAGGGAUCAUGCGCGACGUCGUAAGAUGUGGGAUCGGGCUUUCAGCUCCAAAUCUCUCCGUGAUUAUGAGCAACGCGUAUCGAGAUACGCGGCACAAUUGUUGUCGGUAAUCGCAGACAACGUUGGCAAACCCAUUGACAUGUCCCGCUGGUUCAAUUACUACAGUUUUGAUGUCAUAGGCGAUCUGAUCUUUGGCAAAUCUUUCGACAUGCUAAUAACGGGCAAGGACGCUUAUAUGCUCAAGACCUUGCACAAGGAUAUGCAGUCCAUGGGACCGUUUCUGCACUCAAUGUGGAUCCUUGAGAUCUUUAAGUUGAUCCCCGGAUUGAACAGUAGUCUUCUCGUGUAUUUCGAAUGGGUCAAGGAGCAAAUUGAGAAUCGGAUGAAGAAUGAGCCAGAGAAUCCGGAUAUUUUCACGCAGCUCGAGGCUGAUUUCCGUAAUACAAAACAAUCGAAAAAAGACCAAUUGCACUUCCACGGGGAAGUCAAUGUAGGCCUUGUUGCAGGGAGCGACUCAACGGCAUCGACCUUAACAAACUUAUUUUACGAGCUCGCCAAUGCACCGGAAUUCACCUGUCUGCUUCAAGCUGAAAUCGACUCAGUCAAGGAGCGCACGUAUCAAGAGCUAUCACAGAUGCAAUUACUCAAUGCAGCUAUUGAUGAAACAAUGCGUUUGCACCCAGCUAUACCCUCGGGCAUGCAACGCUUGACUUCUCAGAAAGGCGUCAUGAUUGAUGAUGUUUAUAUUCCGGGCAACUGUUUGGUUCAGAUACCCCUCUACUCAAUAUUCAGAGACGAACGGUCAUUUGCCCAACCCAACGAGUUCAUUCCCCAGCGUUGGACAGACAGGCCAGACCUUGUGAAGGAUCCAUCCGCUUAUGCGCCUUUCGGUCUUGGACCGUUUGCUUGCGCUGGUAGACAACUAGCGUACAUGGAAAUUAGACGAAUCACAACGGAGCUUCUAUCUCGAUAUGACAUUUCUUUGGCAAAAGAUCAGACUCGAGAGGCAUUUUACGAGGGGCAACGGGAUUCAUUCACAGUGGUUUGUGGUAAAUUGCAACUUGAAUUUACAGAGCGAGGAACGGUGAAGGUUUGAUUGAUGCUUAUUGCUUUCAGAACAAAUUCCUUUUCUAGCCAGCUUUCAUGUCAUAGAUUUUCAAUCAGACACUUGACUCCUUAUGUAAGAUUUGUCUGAAACGCGAGGAUGUGAGAGUUAC